CUGCGUUCAUCAGUGGAAAAGUCUCGAUCCCAAAUCAUGGAUGGGUUUGUUGGGGAUCUGCUGGGUGAAGACAGCUCCGUAGUGGCACGCAUGCAGAAGAAGUUCUGGAAGACCAAGCAGGUGCUCAUCAAGGCCACAGGCAAGAAGGAGGACGAGUAUGUAGUGGCUUCAGACGCCGACCUGGAUGCAAAGCUUGAGUUCUUCCGCUCAGUCCAGUCAACCUGCACUGAGUUGCUCAAGGUGAUCGAGAAGUACCAGCAUAGGAUUACACGUUUGUCGCAAGAGGAGAACGAGCUGGGCCUGUUUCUCCGCUUCCAAGCGGAACACGACCGCACCAAGGCCGGCAACAUGAUGGAUGCCACCAGCAAGGCCCUUUGCGCCUCUGCCAAGAAGAGGAUGGCGCUCUGUGCGCCGCUGAAACGUUUGCACCAGGAAGUCGAGACUUUCCGACGACGUGCCAUCGCAGACACGCUCCUGACUGUCGGCCGCAUGGAGAAGGCUCGCACAGAGUACAGAGGAGCUUUGCUCUGGAUGAAAGACGUCUCUCAAGAACUCGACCCGGACACUUACAAACAACUGGAAAAGUUCCGAAAGGUUCAAGGCCAGGUGAGGGCGACAAAGAGCCAGUUUGAGAAGUUAAAGAACGAUGUGUGCCAGAAGGUGGACAUGCUAGGUGCCAGCCGCUGCAACAUGCUGUCACACUCACUUUGCAACUAUCAGACCACCCUACUUCACUUCUGGGAAAAGACCGCCCAAGCCUUGUCUGGCAUCCACGAUGCCUUCCAGGGACACGUGCCGUACCAGUUCACCACACUCAAGGACCUGCGCGACCCAUUGGAGCAAAUAACCGCAGCGCAACAAGGAGCGCCAGAUGACAAGGUUCUACAGGAUGACACUGGCAGCCUUUGGUUUAAUCCUCCCUAGUCUGGUGUGCUUGGAUGACGA